AUGCAGAGAAAAAGGUUUAAGCUGGUUAAGGCUAACGAUUCCGUUAAACCGUUGCAUCAAAGAUCUACUAAUGUUAAAACACCCUCGGCUGAGACUAGGGUUAAACAGCCGCCAAAGAGAUCAAUUGAUCAAAGUUCACAUCGAACAAAGAAAAGAAAAAAGGAAUCCCAUCCUGUAACAGAUGACAUUGGAGAAACCGUGUUUGAAAACGAUCAUGUCCAGUUAAAAUUCAGUGAACCGUCCCCUAGAGCCGUAUCGCCACCUAGGCGGCUAGACAAGAUUGUAGAAGAAGGUUAUUCUUUACAAUUAGAUGAUUUCGAUCAGCCGCCGGAAUCUACCUCUACCCCAGUAAACGGUAGUAGAGACUCUAGAGGACGGUCUCCCUUAACUUACAACGGUUUCACAGACGACUUUCCUCUACACAGCAAGUAUUUAGAGCAGCAGCAGCAGCAGCAGCAGCAACAUAUGUUUUCCUAUAUGCCCUUUGGAUUUAUACCACAAUACCAGUUCCCAUCAACAUUCCCCAUGGGCUAUAAUAACGGUAUUUUGCCUGCACAAACAAUUGGACCAUCGAUGGGUGCUCAAUUUCCAAUACCCAUGGGAUUCCCCAUGAACUACCCACUCCCACAACCAACUAUGAUGGAUCCAUAUAUGAGGAAUUAUGUGUAUGGCUCAGGAAGUCAAAACUCAAGCUAUAAAUCUAGUGGUGGAGAUGCAACUUAUCGUGGAAGUGAAUAA